AUUAAUCAUAUGCUGAGUAUAUUUAUGGGGAAAAGUGUCACAGGAUGGAGGAAAAUAAAAACAUAUGUGUAGGCACAGCCAUCAGAAUGCCAGUCUAAAGAAGACUGAAUUGGAAGUGACCACGUGAGGUCUUCCUGCUGAAAGUUUGGGAUGUGGAGAUGAAAAUAGAAGCUACUACUUCUUUUCUUCUUCCAGAUGCAAGCUAGACCUCUCACUGAUGAUCAUCCCAAAGUUUCAUUCUUGGGGCCAUUAGUUUCUCCCAAUUCAUGUACACUUUAUGGGAAGGAUUUUUGUGAUGUUUUCAGAUACAGUAAAAAAUAUUGAAAGAGAAUUUGAACCCAUCUAAGAAGAACAGUCUGGAGAACAUUGAGCAAAGGUGAGAUAACCAAAAUAUCAUCAUCCAGAAACAGACCUUUGCGUGUCCACAAGGAUGAAUUGUUUUUGACAGGCUGAAACAUGGAGGGAUCCCUUGUAGCUCCACAUGGAUUAACCACAUUCAGAAGUAGACUACAGUGAAGAAUUGUCCUCUUUGGAAUAACAUAUUAGAAGAAUUGUGGUCUGAUUCAAAGCAUCAGGUUUUAAACUUCUUUGAUUUUUAAUGCAAAGAAUGGAAACUGAUAAGCUGAUGCUCAUUUGAAACAUGAAAUUAAAAGAAGAAUAGGGAUCUGGAAAUUAAUAUCUUCACUCUGUUUUUAGGAAUGAACUAAUGGCAAAUAGGACCACAAUAAAGGAAUUCAUACUGUUGGUGCUGAAUGCCAACCCUCCACUUGAAGUUAGCCUUUUUCUCUUCCUGCUUGGGAUUUAUCUUUUGACAUUAAUAGGAAACACAAUGAUUGUUAUUAUCACACUGGUGAACGUUCAACUCUGUAGCCCAAUGUAUUUCUUCCUCCGACAUUUGGCAUGGGUAGAUACUGGGUAUAUAAGUACUAUAAUUCCCAAAGCACUGGUCAUCAUAGCUACUGGUACUAAGAGCAUCUCUUUAGCUGGUUGCUUCAUACAGGUAUUUCUUUAUUUGGUCUUUGGCACCACUGCGUUCUUCCUACUGGCCACAAUGUCUGUUGAUCGCUACAUAGCCAUCUGCAACCCUCUUCACUACACAACCAUCAUGAAUCCCCGAAUCUGCUCAUUAUUAGUAUUUUCUUGUUUGGUUGGGGGGUUAUCACUAAUUCUAGUUAUAUCCAUUCCUUUAUUUCUUAUGCCAUUUUGUGGUCCUAACGUCAUGAAUCAUUUUUUUUGUGACUAUGGACCCCUAAUGAAGCUGAUAUGUAUUGACACCAGCUUCCUAGAAAUGACUUAUUUUGUAGUUGCUAUAUUCAUUCUGCUUGGGACCUUAAGUGUCAACAUUGUCUCUUAUGUCAAAAUCAUUUCCACCAUUUUGCGCAUUCCAUCAGCUACUGGGAGGAAGAAGACCUUCUCCACUUUUGCUUCUCACAUGACAGUGGUCACUAUCACUUACAGCAGUUGUAUUUUCGUGUAUAUCAUGCCAAAAGGCACCAUUGGAUUAGACUACAACAAAAUAGUGGCUCUUCUGAAUACUGUUAUCACUCCCUUUCUCAUCCCAAUCGCAUACUCUUUGAGGAACAGACAAGUGCAGGAUGCUUUGAAGGCUGAACUGAGACAAAGGAUUGGUUUUGUAAAAAAAAUGAGAUGAUUGGCUAUUGCUAGGGCUCCAAAAUAGAUGUUCAGAUUUAAUGUCUUUGAAUGGAUUGUGCUGCCUUCAGAUGUAAUAAUUACCCAUUGAGAUGGUCUUACAAGGGGAUUUGAGAAAACAUAGAGGAUGGGGUAAUCAAGAAUAGAAACAUCUGAUUGACAUCAAAGGCCAAAUCCCUGAAAAAAAUUGGUUUGCUAGUGAAGAACAAUGUAAAAAGACAAUUGCCCAUCUUUCCUGGUUGUCCAUUUACAAAACACAUCUGGUUGUACAUUAUGUGACCUAGGAGACAUGAGAGCUUCACCUAAUGCAUCCUCAAAGCUCUUACCAUCUUCAGAAGCAGACCAUACAGCCACCAUCUCCUGAUUGUUUCUUGGGUUCAAGUAUGUUUUAUUAGUUGGCACUCUGUGUGGAUCAUAUGCAAUACAAUACAGUACAAUAAGAUAUUUGGUUUUGGUUUACUUAUGAAGUCAAUACUGGUGAAUGUAGCUAUCCGUCUUGAUAUUUAUCUCAGGGUAGAAUAACUGAACUGGGGAAUGGAGCUCAAUGAUUAUAGAAUAUCAGCAGGCAAUGCUCCCAUUGAUAAAGCUGAAUGUAACAGAAAAUGCAUAGUAAAGGCAUGAAACAUGAGAUUUAGAACUAGAGAAGUUUGCCAAUAUAAAAAAUAAUGGUUGUAAAGUGCUCAUAGUCACCUUAAUGUGAGGUGGGCAGUAAAUUUGGUUUAAUAAGUAAAAUGAAUAAAACAAGUAUCUAA